AUGAAGCCCGCAGCAACGGCUCUUAUUGCGACCUCUGAUGAACCUCAGAAGUCGCCCAAACAUUACCGUGGCUUCGUAGCUGGUGUCUUCAGUGGCAUUGCAAAGCUAUCAGUCGGUCACCCAUUCGACACAGUCAAAGUGCGACUGCAAACGACAGAGAAGUCGCAUUUUAGAGGUCCGGUAGAUUGUCUCAUGCAGACUUUGAGAAAGGAGGGCUUCGCGGGAUUGUACAAAGGCGCGACCCCGCCGUUGGUGGGGUGGAUGUUUAUGGACUCGAUUAUGUUAGGAUCUCUCAGUGUAUAUCGCCGCGUCCUCAACGAUCGUGUCUUCAAUCCACCAUCAUCUGUUCGAUUUGGCGAACAGCAAGGCAAGCUCCCCAUAUACGCCCAUGGCAUGGCAGGCACAAUGGCAGGCUGGACAGUAUCAUUUAUUGCAGCGCCGGUCGAACAUAUCAAAGCCCGUCUGCAGGUCCAAUAUGCAGCAGAUAAGACAGCGCGCCUCUAUUCUGGACCAAUUGACUGCCUGAAGAAGAUAUACAAGGGUCAUGGCGUCAAGGGUGUGUACCAUGGUCUGAGCGCGACGCUGCUAUUCCGUACCUUUUUUUGUUUUUGGUGGGGGACGUACGACUUGUUCACUAAACAAUUCCAGAAACACACAAAUCUGUCAGCGCCUGCAGUCAACUUCUGGGCAGGCGGUCUUUCGGCGCAGAUUUUCUGGUUGACGAGCUAUCCCAGCGAUGUGAUCAAGCAGCGCAUCAUGACAGAUCCGCUUGACAAUAGGAGGUUUCCCCGAUGGAGAGAUGCCGCUCAAACAGUGUACAGAGAAGGAGGGUGGAGGGGAUACUGGCGCGGCUUUGUGCCAUGCUUUUUACGUGCCUUUCCAGCCAAUGCCAUGGCUCUAGUGGCGUUUGAGGGUGUGAUGAGGAGUCUGCCAGAAUGA